GCACACAUCUUGGCUUUGUGGCGCGGGUGCACGAGUAAAAAAAACUUGCUAGCGUGUCCAACCGGUGCGUCUUUCAUUAUCAACAACAGACUCGUUCCAGCGAAGUUCGAAAAAUACUCAAGGACUCUUAAACGGGAUCACUUAGGGCACAUAAAAACGAACAUUAACUCCAAAUAGAAGAGGGAAUUCGGCAAAAAUGUCCGAAAGCGAAAACUGUGCAAAACAGCGGGAAGAGCCGACUGAACUUGAAGAAGCCGGGGUAGCGGAGGAGAAAUCUGACUCAUCAGAUGCUGGAAAAGAGUCCUCCUCAGAUACUGGUGCAGAUGGUCAAGAUGCAUCAUCCUCUACCUCCUCACAGACUAAAGAUUCAGCCCCUGGUUAUGAGGAGAAAGUGCAAACAGAUCGGACCAACAGAUUUGAAUAUUUGUUGAAGCAGACAGAGUUAUUCGCUCAUUUCAUCCAACCGGCUGCACAGAAGACCCCCACCUCCCCUCUGAAGAUGAAACCAGGGCGUCCUCGGAUCAAGAAAGAUGAGAAGCAGAACUUGCUGUCUGCAGGAGACAACCGUCAUCGUCGUACAGAGCAAGAGGAGGAUGAAGAGCUUCUUAAUGAGAGCACAAAGACCACCAACGUGUGCACUCGCUUUGACGAAUCUCCUUCUUAUGUAAAAACUGGGAAAAUGAGGGAUUACCAAGUCCGUGGUCUGAACUGGCUCAUUUCAUUAUAUGAGAAUGGAAUCAACGGUAUCCUCGCUGAUGAGAUGGGACUGGGUAAGACCCUCCAGACCAUUGCCUUGCUGGGUUACAUGAAGCACUACAGAAAUAUCCCUGGUCCUCAUAUGGUUCUGGUCCCCAAAUCCACCCUGUACAAUUGGAUGAACGAGUUUAAGCGAUGGGUGCCUUCUCUUCGUGCCGUUUGUCUGAUUGGAGACCGAAAUCAGCGGACUGCCCUGAUCAGAGACGUGCUGCUGCCAGGAGAGUGGGAUGUCUGCGUCACCUCCUACGAAAUGCUCAUCAUUGAGAAAGCCGUGUUCAAGAAGUUCAACUGGAGAUACCUGGUUAUCGACGAAGCUCACAGAAUCAAGAACGAGAAGUCAAAGCUAUCAGAAAUUGUUCGUGAGUUUAAAACCACCAAUCGGCUGCUUUUGACUGGAACACCCCUUCAAAACAACCUCCAUGAGCUCUGGGCUCUGCUCAACUUCCUGCUGCCCGAUGUCUUCAACUCUUCGGAGGAUUUUGAUUCGUGGUUUGACACCAACAACUGCCUGGGUGAUCAGAAGCUGGUGGAACGUCUUCACACUGUGCUGCGUCCUUUCCUGCUCCGACGUAUCAAAGCAGAUGUGGAGAAAACUCUGUUACCCAAAAAAGAAAUGAAGAUUUACGUGGGUCUGAGUAAGAUGCAGCGAGAGUGGUACACGAGGAUUCUCAUGAAGGACAUCGACAUCCUGAACUCGGCGGGUAAAAUGGACAAGAUGCGUCUGCUGAACAUUCUGAUGCAGCUGAGGAAGUGCUGCAACCAUCCGUACCUGUUUGACGGGGCGGAACCCGGCCCGCCGUACACCACUGACCUCCACCUGGUCGUGAACGGUGGGAAAAUGGUGGUUCUGGACAAGCUGCUGCCUAAGAUUAAGGAACAGGGCUCCCGUGUGCUCAUCUUCAGUCAGAUGACCAGGGUGCUGGACAUCCUGGAGGACUACUGCAUGUGGAAGAACUACGAGUAUUGUCGCCUGGAUGGUCAGACGCCACACGAAGAAAGACAGAUCUCCAUCAAUGCAUACAACGAGCCCAACAGCACCAAGUUCAUCUUCAUGUUGAGCACCAGGGCUGGUGGACUGGGUAUCAACCUCGCUACGGCUGAUGUUGUUAUUCUCUACGACUCCGACUGGAACCCUCAAGUCGACCUGCAGGCUAUGGACCGAGCGCACAGGAUUGGUCAGCAGAAGCAGGUGCGUGUUUACCGUUUCAUCACUGAGAACACAGUGGAGGAGAGGAUCGUGGAGAGGGCCGAGAUGAAGCUACGCCUGGACUCUAUUGUUAUCCAGCAAGGAAGACUCGUGGAUCCAAGUGCAAACAAGCUUGGCAAGGAUGAGAUGCUGUCCAUCAUCCGUCACGGCGCCACGCACGUUUUUGCUUCCAAAGAGAGCGAGAUCACAGACGACGACAUCGAUGCAAUCCUGGAGCGCGGCGAAAGGAAGACCAUGGAGAUGAAGGAGAAGUUGUCAUCUCUGGGUGAGAGCUCUCUCAGGAACUUCACCAUGGACACAGAGAACACCAGUGUGUACACGUUUGAAGGAGAGGACUACAGAGAGAAGAAGAAGGUCAUCACCAACUGGAUUGAGCCUCCUAAGAGAGAACGCAAAGCCAACUACGCCGUGGACGCUUAUUUCCGAGAGGCUCUGAGAGUCAGUGAGCCCAAAGCACCCAAGGCGCCCCGCCCCCCCAAACAGCCAAAUGUCCAAGACUUCCAGUUCUUCCCUCCGCGUCUCUUUGAGCUUCUGGAAAAGGAAAUUCUGUACUACAGGAAGACCAUCGGAUACAAGGUUCCCCGCAACCCAGACAUCCCAAACUCAGCUCAGGUCCAGAAAGAAGAGCAGGCCAAGAUUGAUGAGGCUGAGGCUCUUUCAGAGGAGGAACUGGAGGAGAAGGAGAACCUUCUGCAACAGGGAUUUACAAUCUGGAGCAAACGGGACUUCAACCAGUUCAUUAAAGCCAACGAGAAGUGGGGAAGAGAUGAUAUUGAGAACAUUGCCAGAGAGGUUGAAGGAAAAACGCCAGAGGAAGUCAUGGAAUAUUCUGCCGUAUUCUGGGAGCGCUGCAAUGAGCUGCAGGAUAUCGAAAAGAUCAUGGCCCAGAUAGAACGAGGAGAAGCCAGGAUUCAGAGAAGAAUCAGCAUCAAGAAAGCAUUGGACUCAAAAAUCGGUCGCUACAAGGCUCCAUUCCAUCAACUCAGAAUUUCUUAUGGGACCAACAAAGGCAAAAACUACACGGAGGAGGAGGAUCGAUUCCUCAUCUGCAUGCUUCACAAGCUGGGCUUCGACAAGGAGAGUGUUUAUGACGAGCUCCGUCAGUGCAUCCGCAACUCACCUCAGUUCCGCUUUGACUGGUUCCUCAAAUCCAGGACUGCCAUGGAGCUUCAGAGGAGAUGUAACACUCUGAUCACACUGAUAGAGCGAGAGAACAUGGAGCUGGAGGAGAGAGAGAAGGCUGAGAAAAAGAAGCGAGGACCAAAAACCAGCUCUGCACAGAAGCGUAAAGCAGAGGGAACCCCCGAUGCUCGAGGACGCAGGAAAAAGCUUAAAUUGUGAAGGUGCUCAUAAACUACAGGAUCAGAGUUUGAUUAAAGCUGCAAGCUCCAGCGUCGUUAGUCCUAGUGUCUGUGGUAAUGUACCGUGUAAAAGUCCUCCAUCGUUGUGUUAGGCUUUAGGACACUGCUCCUUUACAAGCUGGCCAUGUUGCUACCUAAACACUGCAGCUGUGCUGGUUUAGUUCUUUUUUUUAGUUCUUGAUUUUUUUUUUAUAGUAGUUAACAGAAAUAAAUGUAUUUAUGCUU